GUUUCUCUGACUCACGCUUUAACGAAUAUCGCGAGAGUAGACUACCUGCUGCUGUCAUAGAUGCUGGCACUAUGUGACAAACAUAAAACAAUACAGAAACGUUUGAUUUAAAUUGACCCAUGACUCGCAUAUAAGGACUGAUACGCUGUAUUUAAGCCUGGUAGAGACUGAUAUCCAGUCAUGGAAGGGUUUGUUGGCGACCUGCUCGGCGAGGACAGCUCAGUGGUGGCACGCAUGCAGAAGAAGUUCUGGAAAACCAAGCAAGUGCUCAUCAAAGUUACUGGCAAAAAAGAGGACGAGUACGUGGUGGCCUCAGACGCUGAUCUGGACGCAAAGCUGGAGUUCUUUCGCUCAGUUCAGUCCACCUGCACCGAGUUGCUGAAAGUGAUCGAGAAGUACCAGCUUAGGAUCACACGUUUGUCCCAGGAGGAGAACGAGUUGGGCCUGUUCUUGCGCUUCCAAGCUGAGCGAGACCGCACCAAGGCCGGCAACAUGAUGGACGCCACCAGCAAGGCGCUGUGCACCUCCGCCAAGAAGAGGAUGGUGCUCAGCCCGCCGCUGCAACGUUUACACCAGGAGGUGGAGACGUUCAGACGGCGCGCCAUCGCCGAUACGCUGCUGACCGUCGGCCGCAUGGAGAAAGCUCGCACGGAGUACAGAGGAGCUCUGCUCUGGAUGAAAGACAUCUCUCAAGAACUCGACCCGGACACUUAUAAGCAGCUGGAAAAGUUCCGCAAGGUUCAAGGUCAAGUGAGGGCGACGAAGAACGAGUUUGAGAAGCUAAAGAACGACGUGUGCCAGAAGGUGGACAUGCUGGGUGCCAGCCGCUGCAACAUGCUCUCGCACUCACUCUGCAACUACCAGACCACCCUGCUGCAGUUCUGGGAGAAGACGGCCCACGCCCUGGCCGACAUCCACGAUGCUUUUCAGGGACACAUACCGUACAAGUUCACCACACUCAAGGACCUGCGGGAUCCGCUGGAGCAAAUGACUGAAGCACAGCAAGACGACGACAAGGGGAAGAUUCUACAGAGCAACACGGACAGUCUGGUGUGCCUGGAUGACGGUGCUGCUGACACAGGCCCCGCCCCCAGCAGUCUAGAAAGUGGCAGUGGUGUUAUGGCGGACCCCACCGGCACGGGGCCGACGCCAGAGGAUGAAGACGGCGAACGGAGUGACAUGGCGUUCCUUAAAGACCUGCUCAGUCCGACUCCCGGCGCAGCCGACGACUUCAGCCGAGAGUGGCAGGACGCAUUCGGGCUCUUUGAAGUCCCCAGCGUCGUCCCUGCAGGGACCCCUGCUCCGGUCCAGACUCCUCCGCAGCCCCCGUGCACCUCCCCGAUCCCUACUGGCUUCCUACCUUCCCAGCUGCUGGACCACAGUCUCAGUUCCACAGGCUGGUCAACGCCACCUAUGUUCCAAGUUCCGCCCCUUCAGCCUCCUGCCCCUCAGAGCCAAUCAGCUGCUCCGGCUCCAGCCUCUGGAGCCAGUGCUACCACAGGUGGAUCCAGAGAUAUGUCUGCGUGGUUCAACCUCUUCGCAGAUCUGGAUCCCCUCUCCAACCCUGAUGCUAUCGGACGAUCUGCAGACGAGCUGCUCAAUGCCUGAAGCUGUUUUUGUGUGUGUGUGUGUGUGUGUGUGUGUGUGUGCCGCAGUGUAAGAUGUUGUGAUAUCGAAAUACACACACACACGCACAUAGAAAAUGACUGUUAGCACACGUCACUGACUGCUUUUUUCCUCUUUUAUUCGUCAUCUGCAGGACUACACACUUCAACAACACUUAGCUUUUAUAUUCACUUACACAUGAGUGAAAAUGGAAUGGAAACAUUUCACUGUGAAUUAUGUAUACACAGAUUUUGACACGCAAUAGGAAUGUUAUGACAUCUUCUACCACUUACAUUAUUACAUUAGAAAACAUAUCUAUCAAAAUGACACUUAUAUGUGAUAUAACAAGACGACGGUUACAUCAGGCAUUAGCAGCCAUAGAGACACGGAAUGAAGUCUCCACAUGUGUGCCUGAUAUACUUCAUUCAUCAAUAACACUAUUAUUAGGAUUACUACUACUGUAUUUUACUUGAUCACUUUUCCUCCCUUGAGCUUUACAGAUGUUGUACAACUGAAGGAAUAUUUACUCAUGUCACAUUGUGUAUACUACUGUUGACUCUUAACGAAUGUAUUUGUCUAUUCUCAAACUGUUUUAUUGCAAUUACUUUAUUUGAACCGACUGGGGGAUCUGCUAAGGAAUAAACUAGACAAGGAGACAAUAUACGUUGUGUGUUAUAUGCACACUUUUGUGGUUUAACUACAAAAUUUACGUUAAAUAAAUAUGUAUAGAUCGAUAAACUGUUGGCAACCACACAAAUACGCUCUAGUGAUUGAAAUACGUGGCGGACAUAUUUGUAGUUUCUUUUUGGACCAAUCAUACGUUGUGUUGUUAACUAAUUGAGACCAAUCAUACGUUGUGUUGUUAACUAAUUGAGACCAAUCAUACGUUGUGUUGUUAACUAAUUGAGACCAAUCAUAUGUCGUGUUGUUAACUAAUUGAGACCAAUCAUAUCCUGUGUUGUGUAAUUGUGAUGAACAGUGAACAUUCUUCCCGCCAAUCAUACGUCACAUUGUGGAACCUUUUUUUUGACCAAUGAUACGUCGUGUUGCUGACGGUGGUGCUACCAAUCACCAUUAUAGUAUCUUAUGUCGACCAAUCGUAAGCGGUGUUAGUAUUGCUGCUAGUCAUAGGUUGCUUUUUUUUCCAGUUGGGUUGCGGAAUCAUUUCGACCAAUCAUGUGCCGCUUUAAGUCUGUUGCUACGCGUCGCGUUGUUGAAUCUAGUUUGACCAAUCAUACAUUGUGUUGUGGAACCUUUCCUGUCGACCAAUCAUACGAGGCGUUGGUGCCUUUCGGCGCGACAGAAGACAAUAUGGUGGAUUGCAUCUUUACUGACAUGGAAGAAAUGAGGUCCCUUUGUUAUCAGACGCUUUCUUCUCAUGUACUUGAACACGUAAUUAAGCUAAAGUAUUGUUAUGCGGCAUCUUUGAAGAUUACCGGAAAUUGUUUUCAUGUACACAAUUCUAGUACAUGUUCAUUCACUCAUGCAUACAACAACGUCAUUAAAAGACGACACAUAUUUGGAGCAAUACAAUGUAUUUCUUGCUUGAUUAAAAAAAGGGGGAAAUGAUUUCCUUAAUUAAAAAAAAUGCUGAACAAACACCUUCAGCUUGUUUAGUACCGGUUUCCAUCAUAAGGUGUUGACUGCGACGCUACACGCAUAGUAGUUUUAUUUUGAAGGGGAGGUGGGGGUGCACUCUGUUCA